CUCUCUCUCUCUCUCUCUCUCUCUCUUUCUUUCUCUGUUAUCUAUCUCUAUCUCUCUCUUUCUUCAUCUUUGGACUUUGUCAUCUUGUUUUUUAUAUUCUUCAGUUUACUUUUGUUUUUUAUAUAUUGCUGAGGACAUACAAGAUACUUAUGAACGUUAGAACAACGUAAACACACACCAUCUAGAAGAAUAACGAGAGCUCCCUCAUACAGAGAAUAUUUUUUUUCGAAGAUGUACGGGUGAUAAAAGAUCUCUCCUUCGUCAAAAUGUUGAUUAAGGAAUAUCGAAUUCCUCUGCCACUUACGGUAGAGGAAUAUCAAAUUGCUCAACUUUACAUGAUAGCGAAAAAAUCACGUGAAGAAAGCAGAGGUACCGGGAGUGGCGUGGAAAUAAUAGUUAACGAACCGUAUACCAAUGGUCCCGGUGGAAAUGGCCAAUACACGCAUAAAAUUUAUCACGUUGGUAGCCACUUGCCAGGAUGGUUCAAAAGUUUAUUACCUAAAUCAGCAUUAAUAGCAAAAGAGGAGGCAUGGAACGCAUAUCCGUAUACAAAAACGCGAUACACAAGUCCAUUCGUCGAGAAAUUUUCCAUAGAAAUAGAAACUUAUUAUUUUCCUGACAAUGGCUAUCAAGAAAAUGUUUUCAAACUAAACGGUGCCGAUUUAAGAAACAGAGUCGUAGAUUUGAUCGAUAUCGUAAAAGAUCAAAUCGAUUAUGUCAAGGAAGAAGAUCCUAAAUUGUAUAUUUCUGAAAAAACGGGUAGAGGUCCACUAACGGACACUUGGUUGGAAGAUUAUUGGAGUGAAAUUAAAGGUAAACAACAGCCAACGCCAUCAGGGAAAUCGUUAAUGUGCGCUUACAAAUUAUGCCGAGUAGAAUUCCGCUGUUGGGGUGUGCAAACAAAGUUAGAAAAGUUCAUCCACGAUAUGGCAUUGAGGAAAGUGAUGGCACGAGCACACAGACAAGCUUGGGCCUGGCAAGAUGAAUGGUAUGGUUUGACAAUGGAAGAUAUCAGAGAAAUUGAACGGCAAACUCAGUUAGCACUUCAACAAAAGAUGGGUCUUGCUGAUUCCGGUGAAGAAGUAACUCAUGAUGAUGAUCAGGACACGAAUACAGGGAAUACCGGAAUGACACCUCAAGAAUCGAACGUCGCUAGGACAUUCGCAGCCACUUUGAGUAGUAUCGAAAAAAAUGAGGACCUUCAGAGUCCAAUGAGUAUUAGGAAACCUUCGGAUAUACCGAUCAUCAAUACGGCUGUUAGUUCAGAAGGUGAAGCUAGUCCUGAGGAUUCUCCAACGGAACCAUCUAAUGCUAGCCCGAUCGACGAAAAGAAUGAAAAGAAAUCAUGGAAGAAAAAUACAGCAAGUCAUUCAUCUAGUUCAGCAAAAAAUAUGGAUAUACAAAUCGCAAAUUGGAGAAUGGAGAGUAUCAUUAGAGAAUCCGAAACCAGUAGCGAAGAGGAAUUCUUUGAUUGUCAGGAGCACUUUGAAGAUAACUCUUCAUUAGCUAAAUGGAGUUCUUUGGAUCUUCUAGCAGAAGAGGAUGAUGGUACUUCUCCUGUGGCACCAACAAACAACGUGGAAGAAGCAGAUACGAUAUUUUCACCGUCGUUUCUACAGCCAAUAGCAAGCGAACGUAGUAAAAGAUUGCAAAUUCACACGUCGACGAGCAUUGACGUUUCUUGUCCAACGUCACCUCAACAUUCUCCAACACAUCAGUCGUGUAAAACUACAGUACUUUUGAUCGUGAUGCAUGCCGGAAGCGUUCUAGAUGCCAACGUCGAUUUGACAGCUAAGAAAUCGGAUGUAACAACUUUCAGAGGUGCCUUCGAGUCUGUUAUGAGACAACAUUAUCCCAGUAUGGUCGGACAUGUUUCUAUAAAAUUUGUUUCAUGUCCGUCAAUAUGUACUGAAGGUCUAGGUGUUCUUUCAAGUUUAAGUCCAUACAGUUUCGAUAUGUCUCCAUCAUGCAUGGAUGCACCUCAAGUAACGAACGAUACUAUACCAAUCGGUGCAAUACCAUUACUGGCAAGUGCAAGUUCGGAUUACGAAGAAGCAGUCUCACGAGUAGUUACCAAUGCAAAUCAGAUUUAUCAAGAAUUUAUAAAGAGCGAGGAGGGUAAAGGUUUUAGUGGGCAAAUUUGUUUCAUCGGUGAUUCCGUAGGUUCGAUUUUGGCCUACGAUGCUUUGUGUAGAUCUACGCAUUAUCAUUCGAGAUAUAACAGUGAAAAUAAUAUAUUGGACACGAGUAAUCAAGGGACUGAAAAUGAUGGAAUUUCUGAGGAUGGUAAACAUUUAAGUGCAACUUUACCUAGAAGAAGAUCUUCUGGAACAAAUGACAGUUGCCAGCAAUGUAAAUUAGAGUUCGAGGUAGGAGAGUUCUUCAUGUUUGGCAGUCCAUUAGCACUCGUUAUGGCAUAUAGAAAAAUUUCAUCUCACGGAGAUAAGAAUAGUAAUAUCCCAAAGCCAAUGGUGAAUCAAGUUUACAAUCUCUUUCAUCCAAGCGAUCCAGUAGCUGCAAGAAUCGAACCAUUGAUUUCCGCAAGAUUUUCUUUACUACCACCUGUUAAUGUUGCUCGAUAUCAAAAGUAUCCACUUGGAAAUGGGCAGCCUUAUCAUUUACUGGAAACGAUUCAAAGCAAUACACAAUUAUUUGCGGAUGGAUUAAACAUUCCUAACAUAUACAUGACAACGCCACUUCAACAUGCUCAUUUGAGAAGAUUGUCGGAUAUAUCGAUUCACAGUACUAUGUCUGGUAUCGUCGAUAAUUUUCCUUUACAAGUUGUCUCUGCACUGACGCAAAAAUGGUGGGGAAAUAAACGAAUAGAUUAUGCUCUAUAUUGUCCAGAGGGUCUGGCAAAUUUUCCUACCAAUGCAUUACCCCAUCUCUUUCAUGCUAGUUAUUGGGAAUCAUCAGACGUAAUAGCGUUUAUAUUAAGACAGCUGGGUCGGUUCGAUUUACCUAUACUCGGUAACGAAGAAAAAGAACUUUCAUGUUUCCGUCCAGGUCAACCAAGAGAAAAAUGGAAUAAAAAACGCACUUCGGUCAAACUAAAGAACGUUGCUGCUAAUCAUAGAGCCAAUGAUGUCAUCGUCGGAGAAGGUGUACCUCAAGUAUUAGUGGCCAGAUUUAUGUACAGUCCUAUAGACGUGAUAGCUUUAACAGGGGAAAAAGUAGACAUUCAUAUUAUGAAAGAUCCACCUGUUGGCGAAUGGUCGUUUUUAAAUACAGAAAUUACAGAUAAAAAUGGUAGAAUAACUUAUAGAAUACCUGAUGACAAAGCUCUCGGUUAUGGACUUUAUCCUGUAAAAAUGAUAGUUAGAGGAGAUCACACUUCCGUCGACUUCUUUUUGGCUGUGGUACCUCCGAAAACAGAAUGUGUGGUCUUCAGUAUUGAUGGAUCGUUCACAGCAAGUAUGUCAGUUACCGGGAAGGAUCCAAAAGUUAGAGCUGGCGCUGUUGAUGUUGUCAGGCACUGGCAAGAAUUAGGAUAUUUAAUUAUAUACAUCACCGCUCGACCCGAUAUGCAACAGAAGAAAGUUGUAUCCUGGCUAUCUCAGCAUAACUUCCCUCACGGUUUGGUGUCUUUCGCGGAUGGGCUCUCUACGGAUCCGCUAGGUCAUAAAGCAGCAUAUUUAAAUAAUUUAGUCCAGGAACACGGUGUAAUAAUACAUCAAGCAUACGGUAGUAGCAAAGAUAUAAGUGUUUAUACGUCAAUAAAUCUCAAGCCAAAUCAAAUAUUCGUUAUCGGUGGAGCAUCGAAAAAACAUCAUGCUCUGGCGACAAUACUUCACGAUGGUUAUGCCGCACACUUGAGCAUGCUACAAGCACAUGGUGGUUCGAGACCAGCCAAAGGCAAUGCAAGGAUGGUAAUACCACGUGGACAAUUUGGUUUGCCUGGUCAGAAUGCAUCUUUACGGCGAAGAAGCUCUUUUAGAACGGCGAAACGAGCGAUUUCUCAACCAACUGUGGGAAAAAUCUUUCCUUUGGAACGAAGUACGAGUUUAGGACCACCAAGUACUCCUCCAAACGUACCGCAUUCGGCGCCACCAAUCAAAAAUACCGCCACAGAAAAGCUCUGACGACUUACACGCUGCCGCUCUUUUUUCGACUCCUCGCAUUGAUUUACGUGUGUUCGCAAUGUCCUUCAUCGAUUCCUAUUUUAACUUACGUAACACGAUUAACUUGAUAUCAACGCGAUAUCGAUAGGAAAAAAAGGGAAAAAAAAAGGGAAAAAGUAAGAGAAAAAAACCAGAAGCUGCAAAAAUUCCCAUUUUUUUACUUUGGACUAUACGUCAUCAUUGUAAACAACUACAUUAAUCAUAUCGAAAAUUGUAUGUUAUAUCAUUAUGAGUAAUACUCUACGUUAAUCAUAUCAGAUUUUUAUAAAAUUUAAUUGAUUUAAAAAAUUUUCAUAUCAUUGACACAAGUAAUUACUUAUCGUUGAUCUUAUCAAUGCGGUUAAAUCGUUAUAGAUUUUUAUUUCUGGUCGCAUAAUCACGAUAAUGUAUUAAUUAAGAUAUGUAAAAAUAUUUGUCGAUUAUUAUCGAUUCAAUGAUUUAACAAAAAUAUGCAUAAUGCAUGAAACAUGUGAAUGACUUUUUCAAAAUUCAAUAUUUUUUUUUACAUCCUCUUGAAUGAUCAUCGUGAGAUAUAAUGACUUUGCAGUAGAUUAUAUAUGAAUUACGCUACAGUACGAAAGAGAAAGAAAUGUAUUCGUUCGAACUGUUAUCUGAUCUCAACUAAUUGUUAAUAUUUUAAAGAAAACUAAUUAUAACGUUGAACGUAAAUUAGUGUACAAAUGUUUCUCAUGUAUUUGUCGUUAUCAAUAUUUUUAUUAUUAUUGUACCUCGUAAUAAUUGUCACCAUUAUCAACCAUUAUCAUUAUUAUUAUUAUUUUUUUAUUAUCAUUGUUAAAAACAAUAAUUUUGAAGAAAUCUGCGUUUUUUACUCGAUCAGAAUUGAUUAUUCAUAUGUGAAUAUACGAAGAAAAUAAGAAAGAAAAAAUAGG